GCUGACUGUGCUAUUGCUAAGCAACUAGAUAGAAAUAAUACGGAUAUCAAUCGAUCGGCGCAAUUGCUUCUCUGACAAAUUUAAUACGGUGUAACAAAGUUUACCAUGUGCGCGUUGUCAGUUUGCUGUCAGAUUUCAGCCAUAUCAGAUAAUUGAGACGAGAUUUUCUGGCGGUUUUCUCCUGCGUUGAGAUGGAGAAAAGUUGUGAGGAUGUCAAUCUGAGUAAUCAGAGAUCGGUAUGCAGUCUAGACUCUUGCCAUAUCAGAAAAUUAUCUCCAGAGAAUGCAGAUCAAACUAUCAAACAAACAAACAAUUCAGCUUUUCGGAGAGCAAGAUUUUUACCUCAGCGACUCUGUAGAAGACCAGUUCACCCAUUUCCUACAAAUUCUGAAAAUGAAAUAAGGAGAGGAUCGAAGAGAAAAAAUAUCUGCAAGCACAUCCUGCCUGAAGAUCGAAAAGAUAACCUGGCAAGAGGCUGUUCUGAUAAAGAAAGUAUCAUUUCAUCCCCUGAACGACUUCUGGAUUUUCCAAGAGACAAGAGACCGAGGCUGAAGAAAAGUACUCCGUCUACAGCACGGAAACAGCAAGAACUCACUUUCAGAAUGAAUUGCUACACUGCCCUGCAUAAGAGACGUGAACAGUUCAGGGAAAAAGUAGUCAGGAUAGUUUCCACAGCUGAUCGCAAAUUAGAAGACUGCUGCCCUGUAAAUUCUGAGCAUAACUGGCUGUCAGAAGAUGAGCAAGAGCUUCUCAGAUACUACUACUAUAUUCUACAGGGCAUAGAUAACAUUCACAUCGGACCUAUAGAUGAGACAGUAAUGAAAAAUAUUAUUGCCCUAGUACCCAUUGGUUGGAGAGAACAUUUUCCAGGAUUCAUUGAACAACUGAAGAAAGAUGCUCUUGAUGCGUACAUGCUCAGUGUCAAAAAAUCUAUAAUCGACUUUGUGCUCCAGGAUCCGCAUAAGCUGGAAAGAAUGGAAGAGGAAACUGUAACGAAUGAAAAUUAUGAGAUUAAACACUUCCCACCACACCAUAGCAUCCGGUACAAGGCAAUAAGAGGAAAGUUAGAAAGGAUUGUCAACUUAUACAAUCCUUGCAUCCGUAAGACUCUCGAUCUCUGGCACAAAGAAUUUGACUCGUUGAGGCUUAUCAACAAAAAAGAACUGGAGACUUACGGGGAGAGUUAUGAUCUUGAAAGUUUUGAUUGGAGAUUCUCAAGGAUGGUUGCUAAGACAAGAGACAUACUCUGCAAUAAUUGGUUUCCAAAAAUUCUGAGGAUAUUCACUAUUGGGCACAAAAGAGGACUUUUACCCCGAGCUAAUAAUUCAGCAAAAAGGGAACAAUUUUUUAACUGCCUCUCUUGUAUUAUGGAAGCUCAGCUCCGAGACCUCUGCCUAGAAUCAAUCAAAGACUAUAUGGCAUACAUUUUAAGCUUUGGAUCGAAUGGAUCAAUGAAUCUGAAAAAUUGUGGAUUUAAUCUGAACGUGAUUAUAAGAAACAAGACUCUGACUUUUGAGCCAUCCUUCAAGACUUUUAAAGAUACUUUGAUAAUGCUACUGACAUCGCUAUUAGAAGCAGUUAGUAACAUACCUCGGCUCGAAAUCAAACUUUUCAAAGACUACAACGGCCCUGCAAAAGUUCUACAGCCCGUCAUUCAUCAAGAAAUAAUUGAUCAUUACACGAGUCAGAUUACAAAUCUUAUCAAGGAACAAUGCAAAGGUCCGGAAAAGCGACUCCAGGAUUUCAACCACUACAUUUCACUGAUCAAUGAUGAAGAGAAUCGAUCGAUUCUUAACUUCAUUUACGCAGAUCCUCCUCAUAAUUUGGAAGAAUACGCUGUACUGAUAGAAAAGUUUCAUCAAUUGAGCGCCAAUAUUCCUGUAACAAACGAACACACCAUAUUUCUCGGAAUGUUUGCUAUGCGCAGAACUCAUCUAAUCGAAAAUAUCGCAACAAUGGCUGCUACUCAGAAAGAAGCUCUGCUACUAGAAAUGGUUGCUGAGUAUCAGCAGAAAUGCAAAUUGAUCUGCGACGAGUAUGAAAGCAUAGCUGAUCAAGCACUCAGUACUCCUCCGGACACUCACGAGCUUAUUCAACUAAUCAGUUUUGUGAAAAAAGCUGAAAGUGAGAUGGUUGUUUUGUUAGAAGAAAAGCUCAAAAAGGUUCUGCAGUACAUAAUAUUUCUAUCGGAUUAUUCCCUUCUAACCCCUGUGGAAAUAAAAACAGUCAACGCUGCCUUUCACUGGUGCUAUCGAAUGCCUUCUGUAUUCAACGAACACCGCGACAUAGUGGCGCAAAAAACGAUCGAGUACCAGGAAAUCUUAUCGUUUCGGAGGGACAAAUUUCAACAGGAUCUUCAGCUGUACUGGAAACAGUGCGACGAAAUACAGUACUGGGGAAAUAUGGAUGAGAUCUUUCGCUACAAAAAAAAGGCUACUAGUCUAGAAAAUCGUCUCAUCGCAGGUAUGGAUAGGAUCGAAAAAUUUAAUGAAGAGGAACAGUUGUACGGAUGGGAACUGUCGCAGUAUCCAUUACGUAAGAAGACCGCUGACAGAUUAGCUCCAUACAAAAAAUUGUACGACGCUGCUUGCGAGUUCCUCACAAACUACGACAAGUGGACAACAGCUCAGAUUGGCUCUUACGAUCCCGAAGCGAUUGAAUAUGAUGUGAGCAUCGCUUAUCGGACAGUCUACAAGCUUGAGAAAACCUUCCAAGAGCCAAUCGUAAGGAAAUUAGCUGAGACAAUUAAAGAGAAAAUUGAGGAGUUUAAAGAACAUCUUCCCGUCAUUAUGACCCUGGGAAAUCCUGGUCUGAAAGCUAGACAUUGGGAACAAGUCUCAGAACUCGUUGGAUUUCCCAUAAAAGUCGAUCAUAACAUGACGCUAGCAAAGAUAUUGGAUUUUGGAUUGGAUGAAUAUGUGGAGAAAUUCGAGGCUCUUUCGGAAGCGGCAACAAAAGAAAACAAUUUAGAGAAAGCCCUAUUAAGAAUGCACACAGACUGGACAGAAAUGGAAUUUACAGUGACUCCAUAUCGUGACACAGGUACAUACGUUGUUGCUAGCGUCGAUGAUAUCCAAUUGCUCCUGGACGACCAUUUGACAAAAGCUCAAACGAUGAAGAAUUCCGUGUAUAUCAAACCGUUUGAGAAUGAGACUCUAGAAUGGGAGGCAAAGCUUCAUUUACUGCAGGAAAUAAUUGACUUUUGGCUCAAAGUCCAAUCUACUUGGAUGUAUCUUGAACCGAUUUUCUCAUCACCUGAUAUUCAGCAGCAGAUGCCAGAAGAAGGUCGCCGAUUCAAUGCUGUUGAUAAAAUAUGGCGAGACAUCAUGGGCACUGUAAUAUCCGAUCCAAGAGUCCUAACUGUUGUUGAAAUCGAGAAAAUGCUCGAUCGUCUCCAGAAAAGCAUGGGAUUGUUGGAAUUAAUUCAAAAAGGACUGAACGAGUAUCUAGAAAAAAAGAGACUCUACUUUUCGAGAUUUUUCUUUCUAUCUAAUGACGAACUUCUCGAAAUUUUGUCCGAAACGAAAGAUCCCAUGAGGGUUCAGCCUCACCUGAAAAAGUGUUUCGAAGGAAUCGCCAAGCUGAAUUUUACCGAGGAUAUGGAAGUUAUUGCUAUGAAAUCCUCGGAAGGUGAACAGGUGAUUCUGGAAUUUGUAAUUGAUACGAGAGAUGCACGGGGUCAGGUAGAAAAGUGGUUACUACAGCUGGAAGAUGAUAUGAAAAAAAGCGUUCGAGUUAUGGUAAUACACGCCAAAAACUCGUAUCCCAAAAAAUUGAGAUCAAAAUGGGUACUCGACUGGCCAGGGCAGACGAUUCUCUGCAUUGGGCAAUUAUACUGGACUGCCGACGUAACAGCCGCUCUUCCUCGUGGUCAAAAAGGACUUGAGGAAUAUAUCGACAAGUGCAAUAAUAACCUAAAUCAAAUAAUCAUUUUAGUCCGUGGAAAGCUUUCGACCCAGAAUCGAACGACGCUUGGAGCUUUGGUUACUCUGGAUGUUCAUGCUAGGGACGUCCUGGUGGAUUUGUGGGAGAAUCAGGUAGAGUCAGAACUGGAUUUCAAAUGGCUUUGCCAGUUGCGUUACUAUUGGCAGAUGGACGAUCUGCAAACCAUGAUGAUCAAUUCGUCAUUGAGCUACGGUUACGAAUACCUCGGCAACACGCCCAGACUUGUAAUAACGCCAUUAACUGAUCGUUGCUAUAGAACAUUGUUCGGAGCUUUGAGUCUGCACCUUGGUGGAGCCCCUGAGGGACCUGCAGGAACCGGGAAAACGGAAACUACGAAAGAUCUGGCAAAAGCUGUUGCGAAACAAUGUGUUGUCUUCAACUGUUCAGACGGACUGGAUUACCUAGCACUAGGAAAAUUCUUCAAGGGUUUGGCCUCCUGUGGGGCAUGGUCUUGUUUCGACGAAUUCAACCGCAUCGAUCUCGAAGUUUUAUCUGUAGUGGCCCAACAAAUACUGACCAUUCAGCGCGGCAUACAAUCCGGGAAAGACAAGCUAAUGUUCGAAGGAACUCAGCUAUCCCUGGAUCCGACUUGUGCGGUUUUUAUCACCAUGAAUCCUGGUUACGCCGGUCGUUCCGAGCUUCCUGACAAUUUGAAAGCUCUGUUUCGCUCUGUCGCCAUGAUGGUACCAGACUAUGGGCUAAUAUCAGAAAAUACUUUGUAUUCCUACGGGUUCCACAACGCCCGACCACUGUCGGUUAAGAUCGUCAUGGCCUAUAGACUCUGUUCGGAACAAUUGUCGAGUCAAUGUCACUACGAUUACGGAAUGAGAGCGGUUAAAUCUGUUCUCAUAGCUGCAGGGAAUUUGAAAUUAAAGUAUCCGAAAGAGAACGAAGAUAUUCUAAUGCUGCGCAGCAUAAAAGACGUUAAUCUUCCGAAAUUUCUGAGCCAUGAUCUUCCACUCUUUCACGGUAUCGCAUCUGAUUUAUUUCCGAACGUCAUACUACCUGAACCAGACUACACAGACUUGAAUUCUUGCGCGCAAGAAGCUUGCGAUAGGGCAAAUAUUCAGUGUACCCCGGUAUUUUUAGAAAAAGUUCAGCAAAUUUUUGAGAUGAUGAUCGUGAGGCACGGAUUUAUGAUUGUCGGGUAUCCCUUUGGUGGCAAAACAACUGCGUACAGAAUGCUGGCUGAUGCGUUGGAGCUGAUCGAGGAGAGGCAAUUAAUGGACGAGCAUAAGGUUGAGAUAACGGUUAUAAAUCCAAAAUCUAUCACAAUGGGUCAGCUCUAUGGUCAAUUCGAUAUGGCCUCUCACGAGUGGAGCGAUGGGGUGUUGGCCGUAAGUUAUCGGGCUUUUGCCGUCUCCACGAACGAUAAUCGAAAAUGGCUGGUCUUCGAUGGACCAGUCGACGCAGUCUGGAUAGAAAACAUGAACACUGUUCUAGAUGACAACAAAAAAUUGUGCUUGAUGAGCGGAGAAAUCAUCCAAUUAGCAUCGACCACUAACUUAAUUUUCGAACCAAUGGAUCUUGAGGUUGCUUCACCCGCUACCGUCUCUCGCUGUGGAAUGAUUUAUAUGGAGCCAGUAGCCUUGGGCUGGACACCCCUGCUAACGUCAUGGCUUCGAGAAACUCCUCCAGUUCUAGGAGAAUGGCUGAAAAAUUUCUUGAGAGAUUGCUUGUUCUUUCGCUUUUGCAAGCCGUUGUUGCAUCUACUACGUCGAGGUGGUGUAACGGAACUGGCGCCAAUGCCCGAUGCGAAUCUAGUAAGAUCGGUAAUGUAUCUGAUGGAUUGCUUACUGCAUGAUUUCUAUGAUGAGAAGUUUCUGGAAGGUAUGUCCGAUAUGGAUCUCAGAGCUCAAACCGAGGGCUCGUUCUUUUUCUCCUGCAUCUGGGCUCUCGGUGGAACGCUCGAAUCACGAUACAGAAUGAAGUUCAGUAGAUUAUUUAGAGGGCUUUUGGAGAAAGAAUUCCCAGUGGCACUUUUGGAAGAGUAUAGACUUUCAGAACCUGUGGAGCCUCCGAUAAAACCGUAUAUUUUUGUCAUGCCAAAAGACGGCCUUGUCUUCGACUACCGAUUCAUACGAGAGGGUAAGGGCAAGUGGAAACUAUGGUCGGAUGAACUCCUAAAUGCUCCGCCGAUUCCCCGCGACGUACCAGUCAAUCAGAUUAUAGUACCUACCGUGGAAACGGUGAGGUAUACCACCCUGUUCCAAUUGUUAGUUCAGCACCAGAAGCCAGUAUUAUUUGUUGGCCCUACUGGCACGGGAAAAUCAGUUUAUGUAAUCGACUUUUUGCUGAAGAAAAAUGACACGAAUAUUUACAAGCCGCUCUUCAUAAAUUUCUCUGCGCAAACCACCGCAAAUCAAACUCAAGAUAUCAUAAUGAGUAAGCUGGACAAACGCAGAAAAGGCGUGUACGGACCCCCCAUUGGUAAACGAUGGGUGAUUUUUGUCGACGACGUUUCUAUGCCGAUGAAAGAAGUCUACGGAGCGCAGCCCCCGAUUGAGCUAUUGAGACAGUGGCUUGAUCACUGGCAAUGGUAUGAUAGAAAGGACAUUGUUCCGAUAAAAUUGAUAGAAAUCCAACCAAUGUGUGCCAUGGGACCACCGGGUGGCAGCGGAAAGGACGUCACCCCAAGAUUCAAGCGCCACUUUGUUACUCUCACCAUAUCAGAGUUCGAGGAUAAUGUUAUGAUAACGAUAUUCAGUAAAAUUGUACUCUGGCAUCUGGAUACAAGGGGCUUCAGCAAAGAAUUCGACCCAUGCAUAGAACAGAUCGUGAUGGCGACAAUGGAUAUUUAUAAAGAAAGUCUGACGCGCCUUUUACCGACACCUGCGAAAUCUCAUUAUUUAUUCAAUCUGCGAGAUUUCUCCAGAGUGAUUCAGGGUGUUCUUUUGUCUGUACCUGAAGCAAUGCCGACGCUUAUGAACAUGAAGCGACUUUGGGUCCAUGAGAUUCUUAGAGUCUACGGGGACAGGUUGGUGGACGAAACGGAUACAGCGUGGCUGAUAAACCAGUUGCACAUAGUCGUCCUGGAAAGGAUGGAAAUCGAUAUGGAUUACAUGUUCAGCGAUCUCACCAAAGAUAAGAAAGGGCCGGUAAGAGAUCUUGAGCUCCGAAAUUUAUUAUACUGUGACUUCUCGGACCCAAAAAGUGACAUACGACAGUACCAAGAAGUUGAAGAAUUGGAUGAUCUGAGAGUGAUAGUCGAAGCCUAUCUUGCGGAAUUCAACUCCAUGACAAAAAAACCCAUGAAUCUUGUACUGUUCAGAUUCGCUAUCGAACAUCUUUCCAAAAUCUGUCGAAUAAUAAAGCAGCCUCGGAGCCACGCACUUCUUGUUGGUGUUGGUGGUUCUGGAAGACAAUCUUUAACAAGAUUAGCAUCUCACAUUUCCGAGCAUGAACUCUUCCAAGUGGAGAUCAGUAAGCAAUAUGGAACUAGCGAAUGGCACGAUGAUGUUAAAUUGAUUUUAACAAAGAGUACUGCCACAGAGCUACAUUCUACAUUACUUUUCACCGACACCCAAAUAAAGGAAGAAAGUUUCCUAGAAGACAUCAGCAACAUGCUCAAUUCCGGUGAAGUUCCAAAUUUAUUUAGCGCAGAAGAAAGGACGGAGAUUUGUGAGAAAAUGCGGCAGAUAGAUCGCCAGAGAGAAAAAACUCUGCAAACUGAUGGAAGCCCGGUGGCACUCUUCAACUUAUUUGUUCAAAUUGCUCGGGACCAGCUGCAUAUCGUCGUAGCAAUGUCACCUAUUGGUGACAGCUUCCGAAAUCGAAUCCGAAAAUUUCCAGCCUUGGUCAAUUGUUGUACCAUCGACUGGCUUCAGCUGUGGCCGGAAGACGCACUUUUGGCAGUGGCAACCAGAUUUUUGGGUGAAAUCGAACUUCCAGAAUCUGAAAAACUCGCCUGCAUUGACAUGUGCCAAUAUUUUCACAUGUCGACCCAACGAAUGAGCAAGGAAUUUUUCACCCGGAUACGCCGAAGAACUUAUGUAACUCCGACGUCAUAUUUGGAACUAAUCAACACGUUCAAAGCGCUGUUAGAGAAAAAACGGAGCGAGGUGAUGUUUGCUAAAAUGCGAUAUGAAGGAGGUCUCGAUAAAUUAGAUAAUACAAAUCAGCAGGUCAAAGAAAUGCAAGAAACACUCAAGGAUUUGCAGCCAAUGCUCAUCACAGCUGCCAGUGAAGUUCAACAAAUACUAGCUCACGUUGAGGAAGAAAGUGCUGAGGUGGCAGAGGUAGAAAAAGUUGUUAAAAUUGAUGAAGAAGCAGCGCAAGCUGUGGCAGCUGGGGCCUCAAAAAUAAAAUCCGAAUGUGAUGCCAAUUUAGAAGAAGCAAUGCCGAUUUUGAAUCGUGCUAACGCGGCGUUGAACACCCUUACACCUGCUGAUAUAGCAGUGGUGAAAACUAUGAAAAAUCCCCCUGCUGGAGUGAAGCUAGUGAUGGAGAGUGUUUGUAUUCUCAAGGACGUCAAACCAGAGAGAGUUCAAGGUCCCGAUGGAAAGAUGUUUGAUGAUUAUUGGAAAGCGUCGUUGAAAGUUCUGAGUGACCUAAGGUUCAUGGAUUCCCUGAUAAAUUUUGACAAAGACAACAUCGCUGAACGUGUGAUGGAAAAGAUACGCAACAACUACCUGACGAAUAUUAAUUUCGACCCGGAAAAAAUAAAAACAGCAUCCACUGCCUGUGAAGGCUUAUGCCGCUGGGUCUACGCCAUAUCCGAAUAUGACAAAGUCGCUAAAGUUGUUGCCCCGAAAAAAAAAGCUCUUGCAGAGGCUCAAACUCAAUACAACGACGCAAUGGCAAAGCUUUUCAUCAAACGUGAACAACUCGAGAAAAUUCAGGAAAAACUAACAGCUCUAGAAAACGUUCUUAGGAUUCGCAAGGCAGAUUAUCAGAGUAUGAUGGACAAAGUCACGGAUUGCGAACAGAAGCUAAGACGAGCUGAAGAACUCAUCGGCGGACUGGGAGGGGAAUACACGCGGUGGUCCGAAAACGCAAAAUCUUUAGGAGACAGAUAUUACCAAUUAACGGGAGACAUUAUUAUCGGGUCAGGGGUUGUGGCUUAUCUAGGUCCCUAUACGACACCGUUUCGAGUAAGCCAAAUAAAACAGUGGGUGAAACUAUGCAUGGAAUUAAAAGUGAAGUGCACCGAAGACUUUCAGCUAAGAGAGACUCUUGGGAAUCCCGUCCUGAUCAGAUCUUGGAAUAUAUUUGGCCUCCCCAGUGAUUCAUUUUCCGUAGACAAUGGAAUUAUUGUAACUAAUGCCUGCCGAUGGCCACUGAUGAUCGAUCCACAAGGUCAAGCCAAUAAGUGGGUAAAGAAUAUGGAGAAAGCCAACAAUAUGAGUAUCAUUCGGCUGACCCAGGGUGACUAUACGAGAGCUUUAGAAAACUCAAUACAGUUUGGGUUGCCAAUUUUGCUGGAAAAUGUCGGAGAGGAACUUGAUGCGGUGUUGGAGCCAGUGCUUAUGAAACAGACUUUCAAACAAGGUGGAGCUAUCUGCCUUAAAUUGGGAGACACCGUUGUAGAAUAUAACAGCAAUUUUAGAUUAUAUAUCACGACAAAGCUGCAAAAUCCGCAUUAUUUGCCAGAGGUAGCAGUAAAAGUGACGCUGCUGAAUUUCAUGAUCACACCUGGAGGUCUCGAAGAUCAGCUUCUAGGAAUAGUCGUUGCGAAGGAACGACCUGAUCUUGAAUCUGAAAAAAACACCCUCAUCGUUCAAGGAGCUGCUAAUAAGAAGCUCUUGAAAGAAACGGAAGACAAAAUUCUGGAAGUUUUGUCAGCCUCCGAAGGAAACAUCCUUGAAGAUGAAGCAGGAAUUAGUAUUUUGAGUUCAUCGAAGGUCCUAAGUAAUGAAAUUCAACUCAAACAAACCGCUGCUGAAGUAACUGAGAAGUCGAUCGACAUUGCCCGGCUUCAGUAUACUCCGAUUGCAGUUUACUCUACAGUUCUUUUCUUCACAAUCGCUCUCUUAGCAAACAUAGAUCCGAUGUACCAAUACUCUUUAGCGUGGUUUGUUAAUCUCUACAAGUUGGCCAUAGAGAAUACGGAACAAGUCGACGAUGUGCAACUGCGUCUCGCAGACUUGACUAAAUACUUCACAUAUUCCCUAUACGUUAAUAUUUGCCGGUCACUUUUUGAGAAGGACAAACUCCUCUUCUCCUUUCUCCUUGUGAUAAAUCUUAUGAACAAAGAAGGCAAAGUAUCUAUGCCGCACUGGAUGUUCUUGCUCACAGGUGGUGUGGGUCUCGAUAAUCCGUUUGAAAAUCCAACAUCUUGGCUCCCCCUUAAAUCUUGGAACGAAUUGUGCAGAUUAGACACAAUCGAAGGAUUCAAGGGUAUCAGAGAACACUUUACGUCAAAUCUCACAGCUUGGAAAGCAAUCUUUGACGAGAAACAACCUCAAAGUGCUGUUCUCCCUUCUCCGUUCCGUAAAUUGAACCCAUUGGAAAAAAUGCUGGUCCUGCGUUGUAUUCGACCGGAUAAAAUAGUACCAGCAGUUCAAGCCUUUGUCGAAAUCGAAAUGGGUAGUCAGUUUGUUGAGCCUCCGACCUUUGAUCUUGCUGCAUCAUACGCAGAUUCGCACUGUUGCAUACCACUUAUAUUCGUCCUCACUCCCGGAGUGGAUCCCACGCAGUUGCUGUUGAAAUUCGCCGAUGAUCAAGGUUUUGGAGCAGAACGAUUAUUUUCUUUGUCAUUGGGACAAGGUCAGGGCCCGAUAGCCGUGAAGCUGAUAAACGACGGAGUGAAAUCUGGAUCUUGGGUUGUACUCCAAAAUUGCCAUCUUGCCAAAAGUUGGAUGAGCACCUUAGAAAAGAUGUGCGAGGGUUUAUUGCCCGACACAAUUCACCCCGAUUUUCGAUUGUGGCUUACUAGUUACCCAGCUGAUUAUUUCCCCAUUGCAGUUCUGCAAAAUGGUGUAAAGAUGACAAACGAACCUCCCACAGGGCUCCGCGCCAACAUAAUUCGCUCUUACCUUAGCGAUCCAAUAUCAGAUUCCGACUUUUUUGAGUCUUGUACACAGAGCGAAACAUUCAAAAAGUUAUUGUACUCCCUGUGCUUUUUUCACGCAAUUGUUCAAGAGAGAAGAAAAUAUGGCCCCAUUGGAUGGAACACGCCUUAUGAGUUCAACGAAACUGAUCUACGUAUCAGCGUUUUUCAGCUCAAAAUUUUUCUAAACCAAUACAAUGACGUACAGUAUGAGGCUCUGAGAUAUUUAACAGGAGAUUGCAAUUACGGAGGAAGAGUAACAGAUGAAUGGGAUAGAAGGACGCUUGUUACAAUUUUGGAAAAAUUUUACUGCAGGGAGAUUAUUGAGCAAGAAACUUAUUACUAUGAUUCAAUGUCGACAAAAUACUACUGUCCGACAGCCAAAGAGUAUGAGGCAUAUAUGGAAUACACAAGGAAUUUGCCUUUGAUUACCGGACCCAGUGUGUUUGGAAUGAAUGACAAUGCAGACAUCAUUAAAGAGCAGCAAGAGACUGAUCUACUAUUUCAAUCGGUGCUUCUUACCCAGGAUCGAUUCGAUUUAUGGACAAUGCAGAAACUAAAAGAAACUGGUGAGUCAAGCAGCAGCGAUAAAUCAGCUGAUGAAAUCGUUUUUUCUGUAUCGAGUGAUAUCUUGAACAAAUUGCCGAGUGAUUUUGAUCUGGUCGAGGCCCUUGAGCGAUAUCCGACGACGUACAAUCAAAGUAUGAACACAGUUUUGGUACAGGAAAUGGGGAGAUUCAACAAACUUCUACAAUGUAUCAGAAGCAGCCUAGUUAAUGUUCAAAAAGCAAUAAAAGGUUUUGUAUCAAUGUCCUAUGAACUAGAGGAAGUAACAGGUUCCAUUUUAACGGGAAGGAUUCCAGGACUCUGGAUGCAGAGAUCCUAUCCUUCUUUAAAGCCACUUGGCAGCUACGUAAAUGACUUUUUACGACGUUUAGGUUUUCUACAGCUCUGGUUCGAGGACGGUCCUCCAAUAACCUUCUGGAUAUCAGGAUUCUAUUUUACGCAAGCUUUCCUUACCGGGGCAAAGCAAAAUUAUGCUAGAAAGUAUCACGUACCGAUCGAUCUCUUGAUCUACGACUUCAUUCCUCAAAAGGAAUCGAGUUUUGAUAAACCCCCUGAAGACGGGAUUUACAUUUAUGGCUUAUUUCUGGAUGGGGCUAGAUUCAACAUGAAGCAGAUGCUGCUCGACGAAAGUCUCCCAAAAGUGCUCUACGACGAUGUUCCCUAUCUACUUCUAAUUCCUAUGAAAAAAGAGGAGGUGAUCGAACGACUGAUCUACACUUGCCCUGUUUAUAAAACAAGCGAACGCAGGGGUACAUUAUCAACUACUGGUCAUUCUACUAAUUUUGUAAUCGCUAUGUGGUUGCCCACCAGCCAUCCUCCGGAGCAUUGGAUCAUCCGAGGUGUCGCAAUGUUAUGCCAGCUCUCACAGUGAUUUGAGGUGCUGAAUAAAAACUACAUUUUCUAGUUCAUCAUA